CUAGUUGACUGUCACCUGAGUGUGAAAACAAACGAAAAGCGAAAUUUCGCUUGAUUUUUCUAUUAGUGGUGUAUUAGAAUCUAGAACUCGUCCCUAUUCUAGAUAUCUAGUCUAGAGAUUAAUAGAUCUAGAAUUUUCUAGAUUAGAUCUAUCUAAUCACUAAAAAAUAUUCAUCUGUUAAUAAAAAUUGAACACAAUGGCUUCAAGGGGUACUCAAGAAACAACAAAGUUAAAACAAAAUAUGGAAGAACAGCUUGACAGAUUAAUGCAACAGUUGAUGGACUUAGAAGAAAUGAAAGGAGAAUUAGACACAGAAGAAUAUGAAGAAACAAAAGCAGAGACGGUUGAACAAUUGAAAGAAUUCCAAGAAAAUUUAAACAAAAUGAUAGCAGGAAACUUAAGUUUAGUGGAUCAGUUGAAUGGAAUGCAACUAGCAAUUCAAGCUGCAAUCAGUGAAGCAUUUAAAACACCUGAAGUCAUUCGACUAUUUGCUAAGAAACAACCUGGACAGUUGCGAUCACGCUUAGCUGAUAUCAGUCGAGAUGAAAAAAUUGGGAAAUUAUCCAAAGAACUGGCAAUUCAGCAGUCUGUGGAGAUUCUCACAGCUUUGAAAAAACUUGGAGAGACUCUAACCCCAUCAGAAGUGGCUUACCUGGAGCAACAUUCAUCAGGAAGUUUAAAAGAAUUUGAGAGAGUUUCCUCUGAUAUUGGUUCUGGUGAAAAUGUUUUAGCUGUUGCUGGAUCCCAAGUAGCACAAGCAAGCAAAUGAAGAAAUUCCAUGCAGUGAAUUAAAUGUUCAAGAAUUUGUUUGCAAUAAACAUUCAAGUGUCAUAUUUAUUUUAUCAUCUUCAUUACUUAGGCUUAAAUUGGCCAUUUGGCACAUAGGUCCCAAAUUGUAUUAUGUCAUCCUCAUAAUUGGUCCCAAAAAUUAUGAACAAGUAAUAUUCACUUUAAAUUGGACUAAAGUGUUUUUAUUAAGAUUUGAUUAUACUUUAUGUUCUUUCUUAUGAUAUUGCAUUUAUAAACAUUUUAGCACAAAACUCUACCAAGCUAAGAAAUGGAGACAUGCUAAUUUUAUACUGUUUUAAACGUGUCCAUGUAAUCUAAUUAUAUUAAUGGAAAAGGGGGGGGGGGGGGGAGGUUGGCCCAGUUGUAAAACAUUUGGCUUCUGAAUGAAUAUUGUUGAGUUCUUGGUGAAGUCUGGGAUGUUUUAAUUCAGGAUUUUUAGGAUGCCUCUAAGUCUACAUAACUUCAAUGGGUACCUGACUUGUUAGGCUAUAGAAACAGAUGAUCAUCUGCCGCCUUACCUUUUUUUUUUUUUACUUUAAUCUAUAUCUAUAGAUUUCUUAAGGUUUCUUUAUGAUAAUCUUGUUGAGAUUGUUAAAAUGUUUAUAAAGCAUUUUUAAUGAAGCAUUAAAUAUUCAAUAACUUGAAAUCUGGGGUUAAAAAAAUGUAAUUUGCUAUUUUGCUAACCAUUCUGAUUAAUCUGAUCUUUAAAUUGUCAACAAUGUUUUAAAUAUUUUUCUUAGAUUGACAUCUGAAAAAAUUUAUAUAUAUACACUAAAUUUACAUUGGAAGAAUGAGCAAGAAAAAUAGCCCUAAACAAUGUCAUUACAACAGCUGCAAAAAACAAGCCUGAUUUCAUUACUAUGUAUAUGAAGUUCUAUUAACACAGUAAAAGUAGCUAAUAGCUAUGCAAACCUUUGUAGAUUGUAAAUCUUAUUGUCCAUGUUAUUUGUAUCAUGUUUUUUUUUUGUAUUUAUAUAUUUGUGAAUAUGAUGCUAUUUUUGCCAGUAUAUUUACAUAAUUUGCUAUCUUAGCCAGGGCUGACCAACCUAUGGUGCAUGCACCAAAAAUGUUGCAUUGCAUGGCACACUAUGUCCUUAAGAAAAAAAAAUCAAGAAAAGAUAUAAUAGCUGAUUUCUAUAAAAUCUAAGUCACAAUAAAAUUCCAAUAAUGAUCAAUAAAGCAGUCCUAGUUUAAGUCUUAAGAAAUAUCAUUGCAUUAUACACCAAGAGUGUGGAAAAAGAUGGAUUUUGAAGCAUGUUAUACUAGUUAUAAAAUUGUAAAUAAAAUAAGAGGAUUAUACAGAAGAGAAUUCAGAGAAUAUUCUUAACUGUGUGAUAUGUUGCGAGGUGUGUUGGUUUUCUAGAUAACAAGUUCUCAGAAGAUUUUGGAAACUGAAAAAUAUAUAAAUAAUUAGAAGAGAAAGAUGAGCUGCAAGUUUAUGGAAUCAAAAAAAGAAUGUUUGAUUUAGUAUUUUUAGUUGAUGUUACAAGCCAUCUCAAUUUUAAACUGCAAGGCUAGGAAACAUUGUUUCACAAAUCUAAUCAGUGAAUUCAAAGUGAAGUUAAAAAUGUUUAAGAAACAUCUGAUGAGUCAAUUUCCACAUUUGAAAGAACAAAGUCAAUGUGUCCAAUGCACUUUUAGAGCAUAUAUUUCAAUCAAUGAAAUGAUUACAGGAAACCUCUAAUAAUUGUUUGAAUGAUUUUGCUGAAGAAGAAAACUACAUGCUUGCAUUUAUAAAUCCAUUUUCACUUACUGAAAGAAAUAUUCUGAAAAUGUCUAGUAAUGUAAAGAUGGAACUGAAAUGCUUCAGUUUUGGCGAUCAUCACCAUGUGAACAUUUUGCAGAACUAUGAAAACUUGCUUCAAGUUAUGCCCAUCACUCUGGUCCACAUACAGAUGCAAGUAUUUCAAGAAAAAAAUGAAGCCACAACUGUCAGAUUCCAAUUUGAAGAACUGUCAGUGGCAUUCAUUUACAAAUGUAACUUUUGAUAUUACAGAUUUGGUGAAAGUAAAGAAGAAAGUCUCAUUCAAGCUUGACUGAUGUGAUCUUGUUUUUAUCAGAUAUUAUUUUUGUUUAAACUGCUAACAGUGUUUAUAUAUUAGUCCAAGUGCAAUUAGAAAUAAUCAAUACAAUCACCAAAUACUUUUAAGGAGUGAAAAUGUGUGUGGUGCAUCUAAAUUAGAAGUGAACAAAAAAUGGCGCACAGAAGCAAAAGAUUGGCCACCUCUGAUGUAAGCCCUUGUGAGAGAUAAAAAAUAAAACAAUAACAAAUUUAAAUUUCUUUGCAUUUAGAUAAUUAUAACCAUAUGAAGUAUGUGUGAGACCUUCAAAGCAAGCUCUUUAACCUUGCAAUGAGACUUACAUGGAGCACAUUUUUACCAAUAUAUAUAAAAUAAAAAUAAAUUGUUUACAAUAAGAAUCAUUUUGUCUUCUAAUUGUUUGGUUUUUAUUUUGUAUAAUAUUUUUCACUGUUUUUCCACAAUUGAAAUUAGAAUAAAGAACUUUAUGUUGCUAA